AUGGGAUCUUACGCUCGAGCUGGCGCCACCUCGCCUCUUCCUGACCAUCGCAUCGAGUCGGAACGGAUGCUCUUCGACUCGGAUGAAGAGGACGCUGAUGCAGCCACUCCCGCAUCUAGUCGAGAUCUUGAUGAUGUCGAGCAAGGCGAAGCGCUCCUGGGACAGGAUAAAGCAGGCGCCGAGAAAACUGUGAGACCUGGGCGCGUGAGAUUCAGAGGCAACAGAUCAUGGUUCAUCCGUCUAUCGUCCGUGUUCGUGAUAACAUUCAUGUUGCUAUUCGACUUGCAGCUCAUCACCAGGAAGGACGGAAUUCCAGAGGAGGCUUCCGGGGCAGAUGCAGACCUUGCAAAAUAUCUUGAGCUUUCGAUGCGUAGGCCCGAUGGCGAUUACAUAUUAGCAUCGGACUGGGACUUUCAGGCUCCGCCUCAGGAGCGUCAUUACGACUGGACCAUACUCGAGAAAGAGGGCAACCCAGAUGGCGUAUUCAAGCCCAUGAUGACCAUUAAUGGACAAUUUCCGGGACCUCUCAUCGAAGCCAAUGAAGGAGAUACCAUCGUCGUGAACGUAAACAAUCGUGCCACGAAUUCGACGGCGAUUCACUGGCACGGCAUAUUUCAAAAUGGUACGGCCUGGAUGGAUGGGACAUCAGGAGUAACGCAGUGUCCCAUCGUGCCGGGUAAAUCAUUUCAGUACAAAUUUACAGUCCACGGUCAAGCGGGCACUUACUUUUACCAUGGUCAUCAGGGCGUACAGACUCUUGACGGGAUCAUUGGACCUUUGGUCAUUCACAGUCGUGAUGAGGCAAAGUCUGGGCCACUCUCAUACGUAUCCGAUCGAGUAGUCCUGCUGCACGAUUGGUAUUAUGAUCCUGCCGAGGGACUGAUGCGGGAGGUACUGUCGCCAGGGAAUGAGGAUUCGCCAAUUCCAAACGCGGCUUUAAUCAACGGUCUGAGCCAGGUUGACUGUAGUCUGCACCCGAACCGCCGUUGUGAUGCUGCGAGUACUCUUCUCCCGACCAUGACCCUGGAGGCUGGAGCCAGCCAUCGGUUACGCUUCAUUAACCUAGGCGGCUAUGCUUGGUUUCAGGUCUCCGUUGACGAGCACACCAGCCUACCAGUAGUAGAAAUUGACGGGACAGCGAUCGAGCCAGCUCCAGAAUCCGAUAUUAUCCUCUCCCCUGGACAGCGAUAUAGCGCCAUUCUGACUACUGAUAAGUUCGAGACAGCCGGGCAUGGUCUUUUCUGGCUACGUGCUCGCAUGAUCAAGUCAUGCUUCUACGAGCCAUCGAUUCCCGAGAACGGUUCAGGCGAGGCAAAGGCCAUUAUUCGUUAUGGCACCUCUACUGAUUCCACAGUCUCGGAUACAGCUGAACAAACAGCUCAAGACCUGCCAACCACGGAAAACACCAAUAAAAACUAUCCAAUCAUCUGCAAAGACAUGACUGCUCGUACGCGCUACCGUCCCGAUCCGGCUCAGCCUGCCCCCGAGCAUGCGGACCAUUCGUGGUAUGUGCGGACGAACCUGGCCAUUGGGAAUUGGCGCCUCCAGCGCGGCGUCAUGAACUCGUCAUCCCUCCGGCCGGACCUCAAGGCGCCAACGCUGCACCGCGUACUCGACGGUCUCAGCGCAGGCAACACGUCUUUUAAUGUAGAAGGCGUGAAUUUGGCCGCGUUUGAUAAACAGGAGCUCGUUGUCUCACACCGCAGCGUGCAGACUGUGGACAUUGUCCUUCAGAAUAUGGACGAGAACAGCCACCCAUUUCACCUGCAUGGGCACCAAUUCUGGGUCCUGGGUGCAGGCCAUGGGUACUUUCCGGGAUACGAUAAGCUGGGUUUUGCUCCGCAUGGCAAGGGUUUGCUGGAUCCGGCCAACCGGACCGCCGUUGAAAACCCGCUGAAGCGCGAUGUGGCCACGGCUGAGGGCUUUGGGUGGGUUCUGCUGCGGUUCGUGGCCGACAAUCCCGGCGUCUGGCUGUUUCAUUGCCACAUGAUAUGGCACAGCGAGGCAGGCAUGGCCAUGCAAUUUGUUUCGAGGCUGGAUGAUCUCAAGAAUAUGUUGAUUCCAGACGAGGCUAGACAGCUGUGUGCGUCCUCCGAGAACGACUUGCGUCUGGGUGCGCCACCAAAAGAUGAAAUCUUUUUUGGUUUCCAUAACGACUGA